AUGUCAGACCUCGGGAAGCUUACAUACUAUCUUGGUAUAGAAGUAACGCAAGGAGCUGAUGGCAUUCGAAUCAAGCAAAGAGGAUACGUGCAAGGUAUACUUGUCAAGACGAAGAUGGAGUCAUGUAACUAUACUCACGUUCCAAUGCACACAAGUUUGAAAAUAUCAAAGGCAGAGGAGGAGCCUGAGAUUGAUGCAACAUCGUAUCAAAGCACCAUAGGAUGCUUAAAGUAUCUUCUCUAUACACAAUCGGACUUGGCGUUUUCGGUUGGUGUAUUAAGCAGAUAUAUGCAGAGUCCAAGAGAGAGUCAUGGAAAAGCAGUGAAACAUCUACUAGGAUACAUAAAGGGCACUACAAAGCAUGGUCUCUUUUUCAAACUGAAUGGAACAACGAAGAUUACAUGUUACAAUCACAACAGCCAUAGCAUAGACAUUGAUGAUGGAAGAAGCACUACAAGGUUUAUGUUCUACCUAGGAACAUAG